AUGGGAAUGGCUGAGGUUCCCUUCUUAGGUUAUCCAUACACUUGGAACAACUGCAGGCAAGAGGGAAGCUUCAUUGAGGAAAGAUUAUACCGUUUCUUUUCAUCUCCAGACUGGACACUUGCAUUUCCUCAAACUAGAGUUAAGCACAUUCCACUUUUAUCCUCUGAUCACUUCAUGAUCCUACUGAGCACAAAUGAAAAUGCAUCCACCUACAAGAAGAGGUUCUAUUUUGACACAAGAUGGGUGAAAGAGGAAGGCUUUACCUCUACUGUCGAAAAAGCAUGGAAUUUGGAUAAGGAUCUAAGCGAUGAUCUGUAUGCCAUACAGGAAAGAAUAAAAAAUGUUCGAGUUUCCCUCCUGAAACUGAGAUUAAAGAAGGUUAGUGACCUAUUGAAUGCUGAUGGAUCGUCAUGGGACAAGGAUUUGAUUGAUCAGUCUUUCAGCCCAGAGGAAGCUUCUCUCAUUUUGAACACACCUUUGAAUAGCAGAGGUCAGAGAGACACAUUAUCUUGGCAUGCCCACAAGCUUGUUACAACUUUUACUUAA